AUGGACGCUGCUGUUGGGGCUGAAAAUCGUGAGGAGAAACAGCUUCCUAGUCAGAGAGGAACUGUGAGCUGCAAGCCCAGAAAAGAAUGUUUGCAGAAGAAUUGCAAGUCUGAAGAAAGUGCUACCUCUGACAAUGAAAGUCACGGCAGUGACUCUCCUGGUGCCUGGUCCAACACUCAGUCUGCCCUGGAAGAGUGGGAAGAGGAUGUUUCCAGCACCCCUGAGGCUGUACCUGCUCCACAGCCAGACACUGCUCCUGUGCAUGAGGUGGAGGACUGGGAUAGAGAGUUGGAGGAGGCAGCAUGUAGUCCUUAUGAUGCUGAUGAUUUCAACUGUGGAAGCUUUGAGGGAGAUAAUCUUCUGGCCCCUUAUGUAUGUCAGGAGGAUUGGUUUUAUGACCCUGGGUGCCACCACGCACCGUGCUUUGCUUUUCCACGGAGAGCUAGAAGGGUUGAGAUGGGCCAGUUUGAUGAUGCUGAUGAAUGA